CCAUCGUACGAUAUAGGUCUUGAGGACAAAGAUCGAGAAAACACACUGUUCACAUGUUAUUCUUCAUUUUUUGAUUUAUGGAUGCUGUAGCGUUAACAAAGACAACUAUGAAGAAAGAAUAUUUACGAUAUUCUAUUGUUCUGGUGUUCAUGAAAUGCACUUUUGCACAGAAUUCCGGCAAAUGUUCCAUGUAUGGGGAAUGUCUCGCCAGACCCACAGGAAAUUUGAACUGUAAAUAUGAAGGAUCACCAAAAGUAAUGAACGAAACAGAGGGGCUUGACAUUCUGCGGACAUACUGUCCAAAUCUGGUCACAAGCGAUCAACCAUUAACAUGCUGCGACUUGGACCAACUGAGAUCAUUCAAGAAGAACAUGGGUGUGCCAGAACAGCUUUUGCUCCGAUGUCCUUCUUGUUACUAUAACUUUCUAUACCUCUUUUGCUAUUUCACGUGCGAUCCCAACCAAGCAGACUUUGUCAAAGUAAAGGCAAAGAUGCAAAAUAUAUUUAACCCCACCGAUCCACGUGAAAUAAUAACGGCGGUGGAUUACCAUGUGAGUGAAGAUUACGUAUACGGAAUGUACAAUUCCUGCAAAGAUGUUCAAAUGCCAAGUACAAACGCAAAAGCCUUAGACGUCAUCUGUGGAAAACCUGCCGCUGAUUGCACUGUGCAGAACUGGUUGGACUUCAUGGGUUCUACUGCCAAUGGACAAACCCCAUUCACCAUCAAUUAUCACAUACAAAACACUUCAACAGCUGAUAUCCAUCCAAUGAACUACAGUACAACCCCUUGUUACAAAAAAUAUGGGAACUUGUCAGCAUGCAGUUGUCAAGAUUGCCAAUCUAUGUGUGCUCCCCUCCCGCCCCCUCCAAAGCCCAAAAUACCGUGUACUAUAGACGGAGUGGACUGUUGGUUUUUUGCAUCACUCGUUACCUUCAUCGUGUUUUCUUUCUUUUUCAUCCUCUUUGUCACAGUUUCUUUCUUUUAUAAACGUGGAACCUCUGGUGAAAAGGAAAAACAAAUAAAUAGAGACACUGAUGUGUAUAUUGUUGGUAAAAACAAAACAGAGAAGAAGGAGGCGUUCAAGGAAGAACCAAAAGGAAAUUGUUUUCAGAAAUGGGGUUUGUGGAUGGAAAGGAGUUUGGAGAGCAAUUUCAAUCGUUGGGGCAGGUUUUGUGCUUUGAAUCCUUUAAAGAUAAUCGUUGCUGGCAUCAUAUUGGGAGCUGUCUUUUCUGUUGGAAUAGUGAUGUUCAAAGUGACCACAAGUCCAGUAAAGCUUUGGUCAGCUGAAAAGAGCAGGGCCAGACUCGAAAAGAAUUACUUCGACAACCAUUUUGGACCAUUUUAUCGGACCGAGCAACUAAUCAUCACACGACCCGAAAACGCUACAGGUGUCAGACACGAAGUCCCUGGAAUGCAAUAUGGUCUUUACUGGAAUUACACCUCUAUAUUCGAUAAAGCCUUUCUACACAAGGUUCUGGAUCUUCAGCUAAGCAUUCAGAAUAUACAAGCAUACUACAAAGGAAAGAAAGUGACACUUCAGGACAUCUGUUUUCAGCCCCUGGCCCCUGACAAUACUCAAUGUACAAUUCAAAGUAUACUGGAAUAUUGGCAGAACAACCAUACAAGGCUAGAUAAAAUCAAAUAUGAUCAAUAUACACAUACCUUUCUACAAGGAGACUACUUGGAUCAUUUCUCUGAUUGCGCAAGAGCUCCGGCGUCUGUAUCAGACCAGCACCAUCUAGACAUGUCAUGUUUAGGAGCCAGUGGACAGCCAAUCUUUCCGUGGAUAUCUCUUGGAGGAUUCACAGGUGAGAAUUACAAUGAAUCCACCGCAAUGGUCAUCACUUUCGUUGUUAACAACCACGUCGAUGAAGCACAGAAUGAAAAAGCUAAGGCUUGGGAGAAAGAAUUUCUAAAUUUCAUGAAGAACUACUCCGACCCUGAUAUGAUCAUUGCUUAUUCAGCUGAGCGUUCCAUUGAAGAUGAAAUCCAGCGUGAGAGUGCUUCAGAUGUUUGGACGAUAGUUAUUAGUUACAUAGUCAUGUUUGGGUAUAUCAGUAUAACACUGGGGAACUUUGGACAAUGCUCAAGAUGCUUUAUUACUUCCAAAACGAGCCUUGGAUUGUGUGGAGUUUGCAUUGUACUGCUAUCUGUGUCCUCGUCCCUGGGUCUGUUCAGCUACUGUGGAGUUGCUGCCACACUAAUCAUCAUUGAAGUUGUUCCUUUCCUGGUUUUGGCUGUUGGAGUCGACAACAUCUUCAUCCUUGUACAAGCUUUCCAGAGAGAUGAAGCACAUGUUGGUGAGGAGCUUGAGGACAGAAUCGGAAGAGUCCUGGGGAAAGUUGGACCAAGCAUGCUUCUGGCCAGCUGUGCUGAAUCACUUGCUUUCUUCUUGGGUGCUCUGACUGAUAUGCCAGCAGUGCGAGUAUUUUCACUGUACUCAGCCAUGGCAGUUUUAUUAGAUUUCCUGUUUCAAAUAACUGUUUUUGUUGCAAUUAUGACUUUGGAUGCCAAAAGAGAAGAAAGCAGUAGACUGGAUAUUUGCUGUUGUGUACAACUGGAUAAAACAAAGAAAGAAAGAAACUCUGAAGGAAUUCAUUUUAAAGUAUUCAAAAACUUUUAUUCAAAGGCCUUGCUUUCCAAAGUUGUUCGACCAGUGGUGAUGAUAGUGUUUGUUGGAUAUUUCUGCUUCAGCGUAUCUCAGAUUCAUAAAAUAGAGAUUGGGCUUGAUCAAAAGCUUUCCAUGCCAGAUGACUCGUAUGUACUUGACUAUUUCGGGAACCUGAGUGAGUACUUACAUGUCGGGGCCCCGGUGUACUUUGUUGUUGAGGACGGUGUAGAUUACACAACAAAGGAAGGUCAGAACUUGGUCUGCGGGGCCACAGGUUGUCCCGAGGAUUCCGUGGCGGGUCAGAUUAGCACAGCUGCAAAACAAGCCAAAUACACUUAUAUUGCUCACCCGACGUCGGCAUGGAUAGACGACUAUUUUGAUUGGUUAAGACCUGGUGGAGAUCCCCCAUGUUGUCGGAUCUACAACAACUCCAGAGAUUUCUGUGCAGCCACAGUGGAUAACACAAGUUGUCUAACGUGUCCUGUUCGUGAAACUGUUGAUGGCCGGCCUGUCUCUCAAGACUUUAUGAAAUUUUUACCUUGGUAUUUAAAAGACAAUCCAGGGAUAAAAUGUGCAAAGGGGGGGCAUGCCGCAUAUGGGAGCGCAGUAAAUCUGAAAAAUGAUAAAAAGGCCGUUGGAGCCACUUAUUUCAUGACUUAUCACUCCAUAAUGAAAGAAAGCAAGGACUACAUCACUGGAUUAUUAGAAGCAAGGAGAGUAGCAGACAAUAUGACGACCAUGUUAAAAUUAAAAACAGGAGGGAAUUCGACUAAAGUCUUUCCGUACAGCGUAUUCUACGUCUUUUACGAGCAAUACUUGACGAUUGUUGAAGAUACGGUACAAAACUUGUGUAUAUGUGUUGCCGCCAUUUUUGUUGUGACCUUUGUAUUACUGGGAUUUGACAUCAUUUCCGCUUUGAUGGUGGUCAUGACCAUAACUAUGAUAGUGAUUGACAUUCUAGGAUUUAUGUCCUUGUGGAACAUCUCAAUAAAUGCCGUUUCAUUGGUCAACCUUGUUAUGGCUGUAGGAAUAUCUGUUGAAUUUUGUGCACACAUAACAAGGGCGUUCGCCGUCAGCAACCACGGAGACAAAGUCGAAAGAGCAAAAGAUGCAGUUGCUCACAUGGGCAGUUCUGUAUUAAGCGGUAUUACGCUGACAAAAUUGGGCGGAAUUAUAGUCCUAGCCUUCGCAAAAUCGCAGCUUUUCCAGGUGUUUUAUUUCAGAAUGUACUUAGCAAUUGUCGUUUAUGGUGCUACUCAUGGAUUGAUAUUUCUACCGGUCUUGUUAAGCUACAUUGGUCCACCAGUGAAUAAAGCCAAAUUAAAUAGUAAAGAAUCGUUAGAAGAAAAUGGACAUUUACGUGCAAAUGGACAUACCAAUCAUGCAUAUGUUGAUGUUUCUGACUUUAUUGAACCAAAAAGUUUUAAGAAAUUAGAAAAUUCACAUUUAUGAACACUUAUUAUAUUAUGAAAUAUUUAUUUGUGCGUAUGACAUUUACAUAGUAUGUUUAUGUGAAAUGGAAAAGUCAAAUACAUUAACAGGAACAAACCAUUUCGAACAAUGAACUGAUAUUAAUGGCGAGUAUAUAAAAACAAUGGUAUUUUUGUAAAUAUGAACGAAUGAAGUGAGUUUUUAUGCGGACUGGAUUGAAAUCCAACUUAACUAAGUUUGCUUAUCUUAGAAAUCUUGAAUAUCUGUUAUUAACU